AGGCAUUUGCCAUGCGUUAAGUCUCUGCAACUCAUGGAGGGCCAGGCUGUACAGCCGCAUGCGCUUUGCUCGGCUCUCCAAUGACAGGCGCCUCUGAGCUGAGUUUCAGCUUCUCAGGUGGAGAGACAGAAAGCCUUGAACAUCGAGCUCCUCCCGACCGCUGCGUCGGCUUGGGCCAGGGCACCGGUGGAAAUCUCGCCAGGAGCUGCUUGGGCCUUGUGGGCGCACAGACCAUCAAGGACAUCCGUGCGGGCUUGCAAGCGCAGGCAACCAAAGAAGUGGAAGAGAUCGGCAACCAGGAUGCCCCGUGCCCGGUGAGCCCUCGGUCGGGCGCGGAGCUGAAUGCCUCCUUGGUGAAGGGAAGGAAUGAAGUGUCCGAGGAGGAGAUGUGGUUUAGCUUGCUGGUGAACGACAUGGGGCCGGUUCCCAAAGAGGACUUGGACAAGGUCACCUCGCAUCGAUGGACCUUCCAAGGUGCGCUCGAGUUGGCAGCGCAGGGGAAGAGCAUUUGCUAUUUCAUCCUGUGUCUUUUGGAGAUCCAAAGGAACAUCCAAGUGGACCAGGAAGAAGAAGUGCUUCAUCCCAGCCUUCUGGAAGCGUGCAAGACUUUCGUGAGAUGCCAGUGCAGAGAGGGUAAGACAGGGGAGAUGUACCAGGUUUUGACCCACUUCAUCAGCAACUCGUUGGUCUUCUUUGAGUGGGAGAGGUUUCUUAACGAGAUUUUCCAGGAUUCUCGAGCACAUCAAGAGCGCUUCUUGGUGACGCACCUGGAGCAAGUCUGGUCGCGAUACAAAAGGCUGAAGCUAUUCCUCGAAACCAUUUUCGACUACCUGGAUGAUACGUUCACCUGGCGGCACCGAUUACCGAAGGUGGGCGAGCUGGUGCGGGAUCACAUGAAGAGGAGAUGCUUCUCCUCUCCACGAGUAAUGCGGAACGAGCUCUUCUCUUCACAGGGCGGGCGUGAUGAGACAUUGAAGCAGGUCAAGUUCACGAUGGGCUUCGUGCUCUAGGGCAGGAUCCAUCGCGAGGCAUGCCUCGCCAUUUUCAAGGAAGUCAGAAGCAAGUGGCAAUUGGCAAAGCCAAGUGCCGGUAGAGCGCAAAUGUCAAACUUGUGAAGAGAAGGGACCGUCAUGUAACUCUGUUGCAAGUGAGGAA